AGAACACAGUCCAAUUAACGAAGAAGAAGCCCAGCAGCCAGAUCAUCCCGGGGAAUUCCAGCCGGCGACCGGCAAACGCAGUCCACUGACCAGGAUGUCAUUCAAGCUCUUCCGCCGCGGAUCGGCGCGCUGCAUCGGCCUGCUAUCGGCAUUUGUGACGAUCCUGCUCUGCCUGUACUACAUCUCCAUUGGCCAGCCCAAUCCGACGCCCAUUUCGGAGACGGGUGCUCCAUCGGCGGCGUUGCGGGGAUCACCGCUCAAUGGCCUAACCGGUUUCAGCAUUAGCGGAGGAGGCUCCUCUUCACUGGCCCACCAACAGAAGCUGCACACGGGCAUCAUCUCCAGCCAGAAGAGAUCGUCGGAAACAAAGGCGGCGGCGCCAGCAUCGGGAUCUCCGGAGGUGCAAUCGAAGGAGCAGGAGGAUGAGGAGCAGUACGCCAACAGCAAAUGGGGCGACAAGUGCUACGAGCUGCUCCAGAGCAACACGAACAUAACCGCCAGCGAGGAGCACAGCAAGUUCGACUUUCAGCCCGAAUGGAUGCGCUCCAAGGAGUACUGGGAUCGCGGCUUCGAGGAGCGCUUCGAUGCCCAGAAGAAGGACAAGCAGCGGCCGCCACUGAAGAUCAUAGUGGUGCCGCAUUCGCACAACGAUCCCGGCUGGCUGAAGACUUUCACCAAUUACUUCCAGUCGGACUCUCGGCAGAUCCUCAAUCUGCUGGUCACGAAAAUGCAAGAGUACACGGACAUGACGUUCAUCUGGUCGGAGAUCAGUUUCCUGCAGCUGUGGUGGGACCAGGCACAUCCCACCAAGCAGCGGGCCCUUAGGCGACUAAUCGACUCCGGUCGCAUCGAGAUCACCACCGGCGGUUGGGUGAUGACCGAUGAGGCCAAUGUGCACAUCUACCCCAUGCUGGAUCAGCUCAUCGAGGGUCAUCAGUGGCUGAAGAACAACCUGAAUGUGACGCCCAAGGUGGGCUGGUCCAUCGAUCCCUUUGGCCAUGGCAGCACGGUGCCGUAUCUUCUCUCGGGUGCGAAUUUCGAGGGCGCCAUCAUCCAGAGGAUUCACUACGCCUGGAAGCAGUGGUUCGCCCGCCAGCAGUCGGGUGACUUCAUCUGGAAGCCCUACUGGAGGGGAAGGAGUGGCCAGAAGGAGAGCGAAACCGGGAGCCUGCUCACCCACAACAUGCCCUUCGAUAUCUACUCGAUCAAGGGCUCCUGCGGCCCGCAUCCCUUCAUCUGUCUGAAUUUCGAUUUCCGCAAGAUUCCUGGGGAAUACACCGAGUACUCGGUGAAGGCGCAGUUCAUCACGGACGACAAUCUGGAGUCCAAAGCCCAGUUGUUACUAGAGCAAUAUGCGCGGACAGCCUCUCUAUUUCCGCACAACGUGGCGCUCAUUCCGGUGGGCGAUGACUUCCGGUACAACAAGGAUCGCGAGGUGGACCAGCAGUAUCAGAACUACAAGAAGCUCAUCGAUCACAUCAUGGCCAAUCGGCGGCUCUACAAUGCGGAUAUCCGUUUCGGGACGCCCAGUGAUUACUUCGAGGCCAUCAAGGAGAGGAUGAAGGACCGAUCGCCGGGCUUUCCCAGCUUCAAGGGUGAUUUCUUCGUCUACUCGGACAUCUUCUCGGAGGGCAGACCUGCCUACUGGUCGGGUUACUUCACCACACGACCCUUCUAUAAGCUUCUCAGCUCGGAGUUGGAACACCAGCUGCGUUCCGCCGAGAUUGUCUUCACGCUGGCCUACAAUACGGCGCGCCAGGCGAAGCGGGAGAAUGCGAUCAAGAUCUACGAGAAGAACUACGAGCUAAUCAUCAAUGCCAGGCGGAAUUUGGGUCUCUUCCAGCACCACGAUGCCAUCACCGGCACCUCCAAGGCGGCCGUGAUGCGGGACUACGCGAUGCGCCUGUUCGAGAGCACCCAGAACAUGGUCAAGAUGCAGGAAUCCUGCCUGGAACUCCUCGUACAGAAGGGUCAGCCGCGACAUCACGGCUUUCUGCUCAGCGAAUUCGAGCGGGAUAACUUCAAUAAGCUGCCCCGGAAGAUGCCCAUCCAGAUGGCCAAUGGAGACGAGUCCACGCCCACUGUUUCGGCGGGUGAGGGUGGGGCAGGUGGAUCGCCAGCUUCCUCGGGAUCGGUGGGCAGCUUUGUCCUGUACAAUUCACUGGCCCAGAAGCGUCUCGAGAUCGUCACUCUGCGCGUCCUGCAUCCCAACGUGAAGAUACUCAACGACAAGGGCGUGGAGCUGAGUCACAUCCAGAUCAAUCCGGUGUGGAACAUCACGGAUACCUAUGAACAGGGUCUGGGCACAUCCGUAUCGGGGACUAUGGGACGCAUACGCACCUCGACACGGCAAUUCGAGGUCAUGUUUGUGGCCGAACUGGAGCCCUUGUCCUUGAGCACCUAUCGCGUUCAGGUGGACGAGGUCAACUUCAAGCGGAACAUAGCCACCAUCUACUGCGAUGACUGCACGGAGGCGGCGGCGGCAGCCGUAAGUCCGCCUGAAAUCGAAGCUGAAUCCUCGCCAGCUCCGGUUUUCGAGGCACGCGGAAAGCCAGCGGGCGACAUCCAGUUGGAGAAUCCCCACAUGCGCCUGCUGUUCGACGAGAAGAGUGGCUUCCUCAAGACCAUCACGCGCAAGAACCAGAAGAAGGAGCUGCUCAAGCCGCUGCAGUGCAACAUCAAGUUCGCCGCCUAUCGCAGUGCCCAGUUCCACUCGGGUGCCUAUCUCUUCAAGACCGAUCCCGAGCAGAGCGAGGCCGAGAAGGAGGUGCUCGAGGGCUACACGGAUAUGCGGAUUAUCAUUACCUCGGGCCCGAUUGCCAGCGAUGUGACGGUGAUCUACGGACCCUUCUUGGCCCACACAGUGCGCAUCUUCAAUACCCGGACUCAUUUGGAUGCUGCUAUAUAUGUGGAAAAUGAUAUAGACUUUGAGCCGCCACCGAAAAAUCGGGAGACUGAGCUGUUCAUGCGUCUGGUGACCAACAUAGAUAAUAUUGCCCAGGUGCCGCUGCAGCGGGAUCCGCUGAAGGAGCCAGCCGAUGCGGCCACCAUGCCCGAGCUGCCCAUCUUCUACAGCGAUCAGAAUGGCUUCCAAUAUCACGAACGCAUCAAAGUGCCGGCCAUUGGCAUCGAGGGCAACUACUUCCCCAUCACCUCGGGCGCCUUUAUCCAGGACACCCGUCUCCGGCUCACCCUGCUGACCACCCAUGCCCAAGGAGCCGCGAGCUAUGAGCCCGGCCAGCUGGAGGUAAUGCUGGACCGGCGCACCCUGUACGACGAUUAUCGUGGGAUGGGCGAGGGCGUCGUGGACAGCCGGCUGACGCGGCACAAGUUCUGGCUACUCGUGGAGGAUCUGCCUGGUGGUCAGCAGGUGACCCAACCGCCCAGCUACAAGGUUCUCAGCCAGCAGGCUCAGCAGCUGGCCAACGCGUUGCGUUACCCACCGAAUCUGUACUUUGUGAGCAGCCUGGAGCAGCCGGAACUUUCGGCAGGCUUGCUGCCUUUGGUCAGGCUGCUGCCCAAGGGAGCGCUGCCCUGCGACGUCCAUCUGACCACCCUGCGCACCCUGUCCGAUCCCGAGCUGCAGCUGUUUCCGUCCGCCUCGGCGCUGCUGGUCCUGCAUCGCCAGGGAUUCGAUUGCAGCGUGAGUGCUGGCCGGGAUCUGUCCAUGGAGGCCGUGUGUCCGCUGUCCAGCAAGGGAUUGGGCAAUGUGCAGCUGGGUCGGCUCAGUCUGCACACCAUCGAGGCCACCAGCUUGACGGGGACGGAGCAGAAGGCGACGAGGGAUAGCUUCCACAUCCGAUCCCUGGCCGAGAUCAGUCUGGAGCCCAUGGAACUGCGCACCUUCAAUCUCACUUUCCGCUCGGAGGGUUAGGGUCUCCAGUCUAUACAGUCUAUUUAGCGGAAAUAUUUAUUGAUAUUUAUUUGUGGCUUAGUUCUAAUAGCUAGUGGGUAACGCCAAGUGCAAAGUUUUCAGCUUUAUUUAGUUCUCGUCACGUCUACUCUCUGUCUCCAACAGUUUUGAAAGUACAAAGCACACGACAUAGGUUAUAAAACAAACAACAGGGUGGUUAGGUUAUUAUUUUGUUUG